AUGGCAGUCACAGCCUGGCAGCUCGCGCGGUUCAAGCUCCCGACGGCUCUGGAACAGCGCCUCUGUACGCCGAGUUUAGUGAUCUACGCGGACGUCUUGCGCCAAAACGUCGAGCGAGUGAUCAAGGCCUGCGGCGGCGCGCAACGAUGGUGCAUGAGCAGCGUUCGAUGGCGCACUCGCAUCGUUCGGAAGCAACAGAUUGGUGGCCCACGCAGGCAGCCGCACAUCAAGACCGUCAAGUCGAAACAGAUAAUAGAGGAGCUCAUCAGCAGCGGCGUCAAGCAGUUCAAGUGCGCGACGUCCCGUGAAGCCGAGCUCCUGGGGCAGACGCUGCGCGGCCGCGGCGACGGACCCUUCGAAGUGGUCGUGAGUUAUCCGCACACGGGCCCGACGCUCGCGCGCAUCGCGGCGGCGGCGCGCGCAUGCCGCUACGGCAACGCGAGCGACGGCGACGCGGAGGAGGACAUAGUCUCGUGGGCCGUCAUCGUCGAGGACGUCGCCGGGGCCCGCGAGGUCGUCGAGGCCGGCCGGACGUUGAAUCCUCUGCUCAACAAGGGCGGCCUCGGGAGCUUCGACGAGGACCGGCCCGUGGCCCUCGACGUGUACCUCGACAUCAACCCCGGCAUGAAUCGCACUGGAUGCCCGCUCGAUCGUGCGCUGGCGACCGCUAGAUCAAUCCGCGAGGCCGUCGGCGAGCGCUUCAGCGGGCUGCACAUGUACGACGGCCACGCCGGUGGUCUCCUCAAGGAGCAUCGGGGCGAUCGGUCAAAGCUCGACGCGGCGCUGUUUCCGCUCUACGACCGGCUGCUGGAGAUCGACAGCGCCCUCGGCGCGACCUGCACGCUCAUCACGGCCGGGACGCCGGCGUUACUCUCGAGCAUCGCGCACGCGGGCCUCGCGGCGACAGGCCGCCACCGCGUCUCGGCCGGCACCAUUGUGCUCGGAGACCUGCGUUCGUUCGACGAGUGCCCCGUGGGUUUGGAACCGGCCGCGGUCGUCGUGAGCCGCUGCGUGUCGAACCCCACGGAGGGCGUCUACACUCUGGACGCGGGUGUGAAGGCUCUGGCCGCGGACGCGGGCGACCCGCUCUGUCAGAUUAUUGGGAAGACGGACUACACCCUGCGCAAGGCGUCGGAGGAACAUUUGCCCGUGGAGUGCGCCUCGAUCACCAAGGGCGACGUGCUGUAUCUCGUGCCGAAGCACAUUUGUCCGACGGUGAACCUCGCGGAGACGGCGCUCUGGAUCGAGGGCGACGGGGAACAGGUGGAGCGCAGACGCGUCAACGUCCACGCGCGCGCGCACCCGCUCCUGGCCAACGACCGGCCCAUCGACGUGAAGGCGCUCGACAGCAGCUUGUGCUACGACACCUGGGACUCCUUUCCCCGUGAUGGUACUAGUAGUAGUAGGAAGCGGCGGCGCGGGUAA